AUGUCUAUCCCCUUGGGCGCCUCGCUCCUGGCCACCCACAACUACUACCACCCACGCCUACUGCUGUGCCUCCUGGGUUCCACUUCCAGUGACAGCUGCUGUGGAAGUACAGAGUACCCCGGACAAGCCAUCUCCCCCAGCCCGGUCUCCCCAAAGCCGACCCGGGGCACUGGUGGGCGAGCUGCUUUUUCGGGAAUUCCAUGCUCCUGUUUAGGGCCACGGAGUUGGAGGCCCCAGAGCACUAGGAUCUCCCCAGGCCUCCAGCACAUGAUCACGGUGACCCGGCCUGUGAAGCCAAGAGGAAGCAGCCUGGAGGCCAGCCUGGCAAAACCAACGCCAGGCCGCGUCCCGCGUGGCCACGGCCAGCCUCGAGCUUCCGGAGGUGCUGGGCUGGUCAGAGCCCUUCACUCCCUCCGGCCCCACCGGAGACUGGGCGGGCUGCAGCAAUGA